AUUUCCAUUCAUUUUGUAUUUCAGAGCCCUUUUCCAUUAUUUACACCACAAUUUCAAUUAAAAACUCUGUAAAUCUGAAUUUCCAAGCAUGCAUACAUUCGCUCUUUACGAAGACCCGCUGCAUGGCGAGCAUCUGGUAAUAUCGGGCUAUGAAAUCGGCAUGGAAAUGGUUCCCGGGAAAGCAGACAUCUCGGACCCGGUCCUCCUGCGCCACGUCCUCUGCCUGAUAAUAAUGGUGCACAACUGCUUUCACCUGGUUCUCUUCUGCCGGCAGAUAAAGUUGUGCAAGAAGAGCAACGCUCCUCCGCAGCAACUGGAUGGUAUAAUGUCGCCAGAAGCCUUUGAGGCCUCUAAGGAUAAGCAACUCCAUGCUUCGUAUCUGGAGGUUUUCCACCUAGUGCUAGAUACCCUGUAUAGCUGCCUUGACUUGUACCUCUCCACCUUGGCGUACAUUUGGAAGUUGACGGUGGGCUGGUAUCGCUACGCGGACGACAUUUGGCUGAAUGUGACCUUUAUGACGUUGUUUUCCACUUACCUGGUGAUUCGCAUGCUGCCAUCUCUGUUUUAUGAGAAGCUAGUCCUGGACCCCAAGUUCAAUGUGGAUCCGGAAAAGUCGCCACCACUCGUGGGUAUGAUCUGCGCCCUGGCUUUCAUCGUGGUUUUCCUGCAGAUUGCCAUCAUCCCGUUUACUGCGAUUUUCAUGGCUCUGCAGGAGCUGAAUGUUUGGUACUGUAUCCUGCUCGUCUGGCUCAUUCUGGUGGCCAUGUCCCUGGUUAUUUUGGGCUUCGUCGGCAUAUUCGGAGUGCCCUGCCUAGGCAAGAGCCGCAGAAUGGAGGACUCGGAGAUUGAUGACGACCUGCGCGAUGUACUGGACACUUCCUCGUUUCCGGGACGGGUUUAUAUGGUGCGCACCUUCCAUGAAGGACGUCCCACUGCCUGGGUGAUGGGCGUCUGCUGUUGCCUGCGCCUGGACAUCCACGAUAACCUGAAGCUGAACCGCGGCCUGGCCUCGGAUGACUUGGACUCGGGUCAGGUGGGGGCCGGCCUCAAGGACGACCAGCUGGCCGCCUUUGUGGUUCACCAGCUGGCCCACUGGCACUUGUGGCAUGUGACCAAGGCCUUGGCGCUGAUCUGGCUGAAUCUCCUGAUAUACCUGGUGCUCUUCGGGCUGUGCUACAACUGGCAGACCCUCUACUCGUCCGCGGGCUUCACGGCCCUGUACCCCAAGACCGUUGGCUUCUGGCUGGUGUACAAGUACCUGAUGCCGAUUUACCACGACAUCAGCACCUGGAUAGUAUUCUUCUUCAUUCGGCACUUCGAGUACGCCGCAGAUGCCUACGUGGUUCGGUGGGGCUACGGACCUCCGAUGAGGGCCGCCCUGCUCAAGCUUUUUGCGGACGACAACGAGUUCCCCAACGUGGACCACUGGUACCUCAUGUGGCACCGCCUACGGCCCUCGAUUCUGCAACGCAUAGAGAAUCUGCAGCGGCUGUUCAAGACACGCCCAGUUUCUGCUAUAUCUUUGAUCUGAAUAUGAUACUCAAGUUACUUUAUACAGGUCAUAAAACAAAGAUAUCCUGGUAUUUG